AUGUCAUUUUCGUUUGGAUUCAGUGCAGAGAGUGACGAUGAGUUCAUAGAGUCCGGAAAUACUGCUCAAAUCAAUCAUAACGAACUAAAAUUGGAUCAAAAUCCAUUGGAUGUGGAAAAUUCAGAAGCUAAAGCUCCAAAAAUUGAAGAUUUUAACCAAGUUUUAGAAUCUUUGGUGGAUGUUAGAAUAACAUUUGAAAAAGUUAUCACACCACAAGGUCAAACUGUUUUCAGAAGAGAAUUAUUUGAUGUUAAACAUCAAUUGAUGAACGAAGAAGGUAGUGAAAAACAAGAUGAAGAAUUUGGUAUAUUAAUGGGUACAGAUACUUCAGAUCUACAAAGAAACAUUUAUGAAGGUGGGUUGAAAAGUUGGGAAUGUUCAAUUGAUACAGUUGACAAAUUGUCUGCUUUGGAAGAUCAAGUAUUGUUCAAUGGUGAGAUUGUAGAAUUAGGCUGUGGUACUGCUUUACCUUCAACUUAUCUUUUCCAAAGAGCUUUAAGUUCUAAUUUAUCAAAUAUCAAUUUUAAAUUAUCAGAUUAUAAUCAUUCAGUAUUAAGACUUGUUACAUUACCAAAUUUAAUUAUUGCAUGGUGCUCAACAUUAUCAUCUGAAAAAUUAUCAAAAUUACAAAAAAGUGGUGAUGAAGAAAUACCUAUUGUUGAUGAUGAACUUCAAUUAACACAACAAUUGUUAAAAGAAUUCUCAGAGACUUUGAAAAGAGACAACAUUAAAAUUGAAUUAUAUUCAGGUGCAUGGAAUAGAUCUUUUUUCAACUUAAUCACUCAUUCACAAACAUCAUCAAAAAUUGGUUUAAUAAUCACUUCAGAAACCAUUUAUUCACCAGAAACAUUGCCUAUAAUAAGUGAAUUGAUUAUUGAAUUAGUUUUUCACUCUAAAACACAACAAAAUGGAUCUCCUUUAGCACUUGUCGCUGCUAAAGAUAUAUAUUUCGGUGUUGGAGGUAGUCUUGUUGAUUUCGAAAAUUAUUUAACCACAAGAAUCCAACAAGGUUCAAAAUUCCAGUUCCAAACUGACAAAGUGAAGGCUGGAUUACAAAGAUCAAUCGUUAGUAUACGAUAA